CACCAAUGGAAUCAUCCUAACCGGAAGUGUCAGACUGUGCACCGGUGAAAGCUCUAACUGGUAAAACUUUCCCAUUUUUGGUCAUCAGCAAUAUUUAGUUUUAACUCUAUUGUAAUUUACGUUAGUUAACUAAAAAGCAAAUAGGUUUUAAAAUCACAACAGAUUCAUAAUCAGUGAUAACUGGCUUGGAGGCAACGACGCGUGCAGAAACUGGAGGAUCUGGGUGAGGUCAAUUGAGUUCUAUAUUAACUUCUAAGAGAGGAAGAUGAAUUUCUUUAAAUCUGCUACUCGAACUGUUCGGACAAUCACAGAUGAUGGAAGUGGCCCAAGAACUGAAACCAAAACUUAUACCUACGGUGACGAUGGCCCAAGCAUAGGUUAUGGCGGUGGCAACAUAGAUAUUGGAUUUGGACAAAAGUUUGGAGGUGGGAAGAAGUCUUUCAACAUUAGUAAUUUUAUUGGAGGAGGUGGAAGAAGUGAUGGUGGUUCUGAUGGAGGAAGGAGGACAUGUAUCAGACAGCCAUCCCAGCGCCCACAGGUUGGUGGCCGUGCAUCACGAAAAGAGAAGAAAAACCCCUUUUCUGGCUUACACAACCAAAGCUAUGACAACAUUAAAAAAAAGUGCUUAGAGGAAGGAAUAUUAUUUGAAGAUCCAGAAUUUCCAGCACAAGAUGAUUCAAUAUUUUUUAGCAGAGCACCUAACAGGCCAUUUGUAUGGAAAAGACCAGUGGACUUGGUAGACAACCCAGAGUUCAUAGCUUCAGGAGUCAGUAGAUUUGAUGUUAAGCAAGGAGAAUUAGGUGAUUGUUGGUUAUUGGCUGCUAUUGCCUCACUUACAUGCAAUGAAGUACUUCUGAAUAAAGUUGUACCACCAGAACAGAAUUUUACUGAUGAAUACUGUGGUUUGUUCAAAUUUAACAUCUGGCAUGAAGGAGACUGGACAGAGGUAGUAGUGGAUGAUAGGCUUCCUUCAUAUAUGGAUAAUUUGGUGUUUAUGCACUCAGCUGAUAAACAUGAGUUCUGGAGUGCCUUGCUAGAAAAAGCCUAUGCAAAAUUGCAUGGAUCAUAUGAAUCUCUUAAGGGAGGAAGUACAAGUGAAGCUAUGGAAGACUUUACUGGAGGUGUGACAGAAAUGUUUGACCUUAAAAAGGCUCCCAAGGACCUUCUCACCAUCAUGUUGAAAGCCCAUGACAGAGGAUCAUUGAUGGGUUGCUCUAUUGAUGCUGAUCCUAACCAAUUAGAAGCGGAACUGGCAAAUGGACUGAUUAUGGGACAUGCAUACAGUGUUACGGCAGUUAAAAUGGUUGAAAUACAGACACCAGGAAGGAGUGGUAAGCUGCCAAUGGUACGAUGCAGAAACCCUUGGGGUAAUGAGAGUGAAUGGAAAGGAGCCUUUAGUGAUGAGUCAGAAAGAUGGAAGUAUAUAACAGAUUCUGACAAAGAAGAAAUUGGAUUGACUCAAGAGGAUGAUGGUGAAUUCUGGAUGACAUUUGGUGAUUGGCAGUCCAAUUUCCAGAAGUUAGAGAUUUGUAACCUUGGUCCGGACAGUUUAGAUGAUGACGAGUUAGUGAAAAUAGGAAAAAAGAGAUGGGAAGCAACAUCUGAAGUAGGAGAAUGGAUUCCCAAUGUUAAUGCUGGUGGAUGUAGGAAUUAUCUCCAAACAUUCUUCACAAAUCCCCAAUACAGGGUAUCAGUUACUGACCCAGAUGAGGAUGAGGAUGACCUUUGUACUAUACUGGUUGGUGUAUUGCAGAAAGACAGAAGAAAGAAAAGAAAAGAGGGACUUGAUAUGUUGACUAUUGGAUACGUAAUCUACAAGCUAAAAGAUCCUGACUGUGGACCAUUAGAUGUUGAUUUCUUCAAGUAUAAUGCUUCAGUGGCUAAAUCUCCAUCAUUCAUCAACCUGAGAGAAGUGUGUGGGCGUCACAUGUUACAACCUGGAACUUAUUGCAUCAUACCAUCUACAUUUGAACCUCACCACAAGGGAGAGUACUUGAUAAGAAUAUUCACUGAAAAGGCUAAUGUCACACAUGAAAUGGAUGAAGAAACAGCAAUUCAAGAAGACCAGGAUGUUAAAUGUUAUAAUGUGAUAUUACCUGGGACCAAUCAAAUGUUACCACAAGGAUCUUUAAGUUCUGAUGUUCAUCAAACUCGUUCUCAUGCAGGCAUAGGUGGAGGAAUGCAACGCACUUACAUGCCAAGUGUGGCAAGUGCACCUCCUCCUCAGGAUCGAUAUAGACCUAAUCAGAAGAGGACAGAGGAAAAGCCUCCAACAGAAGAAGAAGUAGAACAAGAGGAUGCUUUAAAGAGAAGUUUCAAAAGAGUUUCAGGGGAUGACAUGGAAAUUGAUGCAUUUGAGCUUAGGGACAUUCUAAAUGCAGUGUUUAAAAAAGAGGGCUUUAUGGAAUUCGACUUUGAUGGAUUUGGUGUUGAUGCUUGCCGCAGUAUGGUAGCCAUGCACGAUGGUGAUUUAUCUGGAAAACUAGGAUUUGAUGAAUUCAAGACACUUUGGACAGAUCUCAGAAAAUGGAAGGGUGUAUUUAAAGAGUUUGACAAAGACAGCAGUGGAAAACUCAGCUCCUAUGAAUUAAGAUCUGCCUUACAUGCUAGUGGAUUCAAACUGAGUAACCGUACAUUCAGCACUCUAGUUAUGAGGUUCAGUAAUAAAGAAGGAGAGAUAGAAUUCAGUGAUUUUAUGCUGUGUGCCAUCAAGCUUAAAACAAUGUUAGCAUCUUUCAAGAGCUAUGAUGCACAGAGACAAGGAAUUGCUGCUUUUGAUGUUGACAGUUUUGUUGCAACUACUAUGUACUCAUAAAGUGUAACAAAGGACCUUCAGUUGUGUUUGUUCCUGUGAUGUAACUGUUUUCUGUCUGUCUCCAUCAUUAGCAAUACUCUUCAAAGCAGUGAUUAAACAUUAUAUACUUCAUUUAAUCUAGCAAAACUUUGCAUUUAGUAUUGGGUUUUUUUUGUUACAUUUUUGAAUUUCAAGACUUACCUUUAGUCUUGAUUUUGCAUCCUUUGUCACCAGUCAUUUUAACAACAACCAUCUUCUUAAAAACCACAGAGGCAAUUUAAACCAAUCAGAGGAACACCAAAUAAUGAGCUCUUAUUAUUAUUUGAAGCCAGUAGUCUUUUGAUAGGAUAUUAGGUUCUUUUUAAGUACCUGGUAUAUAACUAAGAUUAGACAAGCAAAGUCAGUAACAGCCAAAGAUUGAAUUAAAUUAUUCUAUAGAGGAAAUUAUGUUUGGAAGUCAUUUAAAAUUUCUGAUCAAUAUAAAAAAAUAUUUGUUAUUAUACAGUAAUUUUACAUUAUGACUCCUAAAGUUUUGAACAGGAUUAAUCCAAAACUUAUCUCAGACUUUAUCUUUAAUUAGUUAUACAGACUAAAAUGAACCUCUGAUUGCAUGUGGCAUACAAAAUAUUAAGACUGAUAUCUAUGAGGAAUUAAUCAUAGUUUCUUAUAUUUACUCUAUAUCAGCUAUUAUGCUUUUAGAAAUAUCUUGCCUGUAACUUCAAGGGUGUGGAAUGAUUUAAUAUGUUUUGAAUAUUGAUUCACCAUUAGUAAGGCUGACUUUAGAAUUUGAAGUUGUGUCCAAAGAUUUAAUCAAAAUAAGAUUAAAAUAAACUUCCAUUCAAAAAUGUUUGAAAGCAAGUUGCCCAAAAUAUUGUCUCUUGUCAAGGCUAAACAAAGGCCAAGGGUGAUUGACCACUGCUAACAUUGAUGACUAGUAUUUUAAAGUUAAGAGACUAAAGAAUUUUUGAAAGUCAAAUUAACAUAAGAAUGAAAAAUAAGAUAUAUAAAGUAUGAAACAAUAAAAGACCAACAGUUAAGAACAAAAUAAUCAUAAUAUUUUUAUGAACAAAUCUUGAUAAAGAGCAGUGUAUCUGCUUAAAAACAGGCAAUUGUUGUUUAACUAAAUGCCCAGCAUUGCCUAUGUAAUACAUGUAUAAGGUAUGCAGAAUGAGAUUUUAAAACCAUUUCCACAACCCUUCACUGGAAUAUUACCUCAGUUAUUUUUAUCUGUUUAUUGUCAUCUUGAAAACCCUUUUGGGUUGUUUAUUCUUAUGUAUAUUUUUACAUGUUUACAAAUAGCUUUUGUAGUGUUUUGUGUAAUCUAAAUCAUAUACAAUAUACUGAGUCUGAUAAUAGUUAUUAGAAUUUUAUAAUUAAUAGAUGUUAUUAUAUUCGUUAUUAUUUUGAAAUAUUUAUAUAGUCUGUGGGAUUGUUGCUAUGUAUUAUGCAGUGGCAUCUUGUAAUAUCAUCUGUGCUUGUUAUUGAAAAUUAUUAUUUAUGAGAUUGAUGUAACAUUCAGAUCUAACUGUUAGCCUGCAAACAUGUAAAUUUUUUAACUAUUUUAUUUUCACAAUAUUUUUGGCCCAGUAUGUACAUUUAAAGAUCUGCAUUUACAUUUUUUUUUCAUAACAUUGUGAUAUAUAUAUAUAUAUAUUAUUCUUUUGAUGCAUUUUCUCAAGGUACUGUUUUUACUUGGAGAAUUUGAUAGGUAUAACAAACAUAUGGAAAUUAGAACACCAUAAAAUUGACUACUUUUGGAGUUCACAAAGAACACUAGAUGCCUCUGUUUCUUUACAUUUUCAUAUUUCAAUAUUUUCAUCAGGAUCAGGAUGAUAGUGUAAAAUUAUUAACACCUUAAAAUAUGGUGAUUGAAAUAUCAUACACAUUAAUAUGUUGAAGCAGUAAUGCAUGGUUUAACAUUCAGUUGUUCAUUGAGGUUGCCACUGUAUUUUCAUAUAUUUUUUUUUUAAUAUAUUGAUAUUUUCCUGGUCAAAAUAAUUUAGGCAAUAACUUCUAAGAGCAAACUUUUGUCAUCAUAGUCCAUAAUUACAGUGUUUGUAGAUGGUACACAACACAAAGUGGGGGAAACAGGUUACUUGGCGCUUAAGUUUUAUUUUAAUUUAUUAAAAGUAAGUAAGAAAAAAAAUCAGUUCUGUUCAGUGAAUGUCAAUAACUUGUAAUUAUUUGUUGUUGACUGGGUAAUCGAAACGAUUCAAAGAUUGGUGGAACUUGUGUAUCUUGCCUGAACAAUGUAUAUUAAUGAAUCCAGUCUAUCUUGCCUGAACAAUGUAGAUUCAUGGAACCAGUUUAUAAUGCAGACUUUUCAAUAUGCAGAGCAUCUUAGAAAUGAUUUAAGAAAACACUAUAUUUUUGAUAUUCAAAUAUAAUUGUGUGUUUAAAUUUAGCAGUAUAAUUUCAUUUUUUUCUUUUCUUUAUGGUAUUGAUAAUUCCAUUAAAUAUAUAUAUAUAUAUAAAACAAUGGUUUAUUAGUUAAGUGCAAUACAUGCUUUUGUUAAAUCUGUUUACACUUGUAACCAUGGUUCACUUUCUAUUAUAAGCAUUUUUAUGGUGCUUCUUUUAUCUAUUUUUUCAUGUUGGCCAGGUAUAUGUUAUUACAUUAUAGAUAUUAUAGUUUUUCAAGGCACUUACUAAUAAGUUAUUAACAUUUUUAACCAAAUAAAACAAUGUGCUCUUGAUUCUUUAUUGUUCUUGCAAAGAUAACAUGAAGGCCAGUGCGAGUUAUAGUCAUGAAAUGGUGAUUCUUCAUUUGUUUGUUCAUCAACUUAAAAUUUUCAUCACUUCCAAUGAAAGUUCAUUUGUUUUUGUCAAAAUUGAAUCUAUAAUUAAUCAAAAUGAUAUGUUUUAUUCAAAUGACUAUUAUUGCAGGCAAGAAUAUGAAUGAUUUUGAUAUAACGGCUUGUGUUAGGAUAAUGUUGAUUUAUUGUCUAAUAGUGAAUGCAGUGUAGUUAGGAUUCAUAUUCUGAUAGUGAAUACAGUGCAAUUAACAUAAUGAUAUCAUUCAGUGUUUUGGGUAAAAUAUUUUAAUUUGUCAUCAUUCUCUUAAAGUCUGGUUGUUCUGAAGUCUACUUAUGAUCUCGAAAUUAUUUUCAGGAGCAUAUAGUAAUUGUCCUCCUGUAUCUGUCUGUCUUUCUGGAGGAUGGCUUAAGUAUCCCUUGCUUGAUUUGGAUGAAACUUAUACAGAUGAAAGAUACAAGGAAGGGAAAGAAGUCUAUUGAUUUUGGGGUCAAAUGUUAAGGUCACUGUUCCUAAAAAUAGAAAAAAUUAUCAAUGAUUUAGGGAUGGUAAUCAAAAUUUACCUUGCUUGAUUAGAAUGAGACUUUUACAGAUGAAAGAUAUAGGGGAGGUGAAUAAGACUAAUGUUUUGGGGUCAAAGGUUAAGGUCUUGGUUACUAAAAAUAAAAAUACUUGAUGAGAAUGAAACAUACAGAUAAAAUAUAUACAUUUGUAGGGGAGGGAAAGAAGCUGAUUGAUUUUGAGGUUCAAGGUCAAAGUCUUUGUUACUAAAAAUAAUUAAAAAAAGGAACAGUGCUUUCUGGAUGGUAACAUAAGUUUCACUUGCUUGAUUAGAAUGAAACUUAUACACAAAUUUAAGGUAUAUGGGAAAAAAAGAAGCCUACUGAUUUUGGGUUCAAAGGUCAAAGUCACAUGUGACACUGUUGUAAAAGAUAUCAUUCGGAGUGAAACAUAAUUACAACAUGUAGGCUUUGUCAAACCUGUGACAUUUUGUUGCCAAAAUGAGACAUAGAAAUACUGCAUUCUGUCGUCCAUAUUGUUAAUAUUUAGGUUCAGUGUGGCUUGAGUGUUUUAACAUCAAUUACUUUCUCAAACAUUUUUGGCGAUUUUAUGAAAACAAGAAGUCUUUCUUUAAUAAAAUUUCUAACAUAAUGGGUAGUUCUCAUUAGAAUGUGUUUGAUUUUGGGAAACUUGUAACUGUAUUGAAAUUGUUCCCCAUGUAUUCUAUUAUAUGUCAUUAUUGAUUACAAUAGUUCGUCAGAUAUUAACUUAAUUGGUCAGCACACAUCAAAGACAUAAAACAACAAAUCACAAACAAAAAUUUAAUAUUUUCUUUGGCUAAGCAUACUAUCUCAAUUGCACCCUUAAGUACAUUCCACAAUUUUUUCGUAUCGUCUGUAAAAAGAUGUCAAUCAUGAAUGUGUAUUGAAUAUUAAACGCAAACAUGUACUUUUUGCAGACUUUAAAUUCACAUGUUUUAUCAAAUAUAUAAAGUACCUUCAUACUAAAGUAAGCUGUAUCUCGAACCAGCUCAUCAUGUGAGCUUCUCACAAUAUUUUAUGUUUUUACUAAUAUCAGAGACAUAUAAUACAGAAUUAUUCUAUGUAGAGUAGAUAACACCAACCUUACAAUUUUCGACAUUUAAGAAAUUUCAAUUUCACUUCGGUAGACAUGUUGCUGAACCAGAAGGAAUGCACUGACUUGUUAACUUUUAUUUUCCAUUGAUAUUUUGAAUUUGGUUUAAGCAAAACCUACGAGGCACACGGAAGGUAAUAUUGUCUUAGAAUCUUAUCAGUUCUGAUAAACCAGCUUUUAGAAUGUGCCCUUUGAAAUUAAUUGACGUUUGUAGAGAUCGUUCUCAACAGAAUCACUUCUAGCUAUUGUACCAAAAGUUGUUAGAAUCUGUGAUUGAAUCCAUGAGUGUUUAGGCAUAUACAUGUAACAAAUGUCUACUUGCUUCUGAUUUGGAGGGCAUCCUUCCAACAGCCCGAUAAUCCUACUCGGGUGUGUAACGUUUUAAAUUUGAGUUCGUAUAUUGCUAUCGUCGGCAUCCGAAGACACAUUUGGUUUCAGGACAAUAUCAAGCUUGAAUAUUAUAUCAAAAUUUGCCCCAACUGUUCAGGGUUCGACCUCUGCAGUCGUAUCAGGCUGCGCUCAGUGAAGCAUUUUAUUCUAGUUUCCGGACAAUAACUUGUGUUAAAGUUUAUGGAAUUUUUGAAAUAGUACAUAUUCCAUGAAAAGAAAAUAAUCUUCAAAAUUUCAAAAAAAAAUUUCGGGGGGGGUUUCAAAAAGUUUGGAGGGAGGAUUUUGUUUUCAAUUUUUUUUUUCGGGGUUCAUAUUUUUUUUCUUCAAAAUUUUUGAAAUUUCAAAUUGUUUGCACAUUUUUUUUAUACGACCGCAAAAAAAUUUUUGUGGUCGUAUAUUGGUAUGACGUUGGCGUCGUCGUCCGAAGACACAUUAGUUUUCGCACUCUAACUUUAGUUUAAGUGAAUGGAUCUCAAUGAAAUUUUACCAUAAUGUUCAAUACCACAAAAGGAAGGUGGGGAUUGAUUUUGGGGGUUAUGGUACUAACAGUUAAGGAAUUAGGGGCCAAAAGGGGCCAAAAAUAAGCAUUUUUGUAACUUCCAGACAUAACUUGUGUGUAAGUGUAUGGAUCUCUCUGACAUUGUACCACAAGGUUCCAUAUCACAAAGGGAAUCCUGGGAUUGAUUUUGGGGGUAAUUGCCUCCAAAGUUUAGGAAUUGGGGGCCAAAAAGGGGCAAAAAACAAGCAUUUUUAUACGACCAUGACAAUAUCUUGUUUGUAAGUGUAUGGAUCUUUAUGAAAUUGUACUACAAGGUUCCAUAUCACAAAGGGAAGGCUGUAAUUGAUUUUGGGGGUAAUUGCCUCAAAGUUUUAGGAAUUAGGGGCCAAAAAAGGGGCAAAAAACAAGCAUUUUUCUAGUUUCAUGACAAUAACUUGUGUGUAAGUGUUUGGAUAUUUCUGAAAUUGUACUACAAGGUUCCAUAUCACAAAGGGAAAGCUGGAAUUGAGUUUGGGGGUAAUUGCCCGAAACGUUUAGGAAUUGGGGGCCAAAAAGGGGCCAAAAAUAAGCAUUUUUCUAGUUUCCAGACAAUAACUUGUGUUCAAGUGUAUGGAUCUCUCUGAAAUUGUACUGCAAGGUACCAUACCACAAAGGGAAGGCUGAGAUUGAGUUUGGGGGUGAUGAAUCAUAAGGGGGUUCAAAAAAUUUUGGGGGGGGAUUUUUUUUUUUCUUUUUUUUUUCUUUUUUUCCUUUUUUUUUUCUUUUAAAAUUUUCCAUUUUAAGUUGGUUAUAACUGAUUUAUAUUUAAAAGCAAAUAAUAAUGAUAUGGUAGGAGAUACACACCAAACAGGAUGUGUAAAUUAUUAUAUAAUAAGUAUUGUGCAAUAGCAAGAAAUUUUCAAUUGCACAGUAUUGCACAAUAGCAAGAAAUCUUCAAUUGCACAGUAUUGCGCAAUAGCAAGAAAUCUUCAAUUGCACAGUAUUGCGCAAUAGCAAGAAAUAUCCAAUAGCACAAUAUUGCGCAAUAGCAAGAAAUUGUCAAUUGUACAGUAUUGCGCAAUAGCAAGAAAUAAUCAAUUGCACAGUAUUGUGCAAAAGAAGAUACUUCGUAUAAAUUGCUUAUUUCUUGAUCAAUUUCAAUGGGGUUUUAUUCUUGAAUUCUUGGGGUUCUUUAAUAUGCUGAAUCUAACCGUGUAUUAAGUUUUUGGAUUUUGGGCCCCGUUUUUAAAUUGGUCCACAUUGAGGUCCAAAGGGUCCAAAAUUGAACUUUGUUUGAUUUCAUCAAAAAUUGAAUUAUUGGGGUUCUUUGAUAUGCCGAAUCUAACCGUGUAUUUAGAUUCUUAAUUUUUGGUUCUGUUUUCAAAUUGGUCUACAUAAAGGUCCAAAGGGUCCAAAAUUAAACUUAGUUUGAUUUCAACAAAAAUUGAAUAUAUGGGGUUCUUUGAUAUGCUGAAUCUAACCAUGUAUUUAGAUUUUUGAUUAUGGGCCCAGUUUUCAAGUUGGUCCAAAUCGGGGUCCAAAAUUAAACUUUAUUUGAUUUCAACAAAAAUUGAAUAUAUGGGGUUCUUUGAUAUGCUGAAUCUAACCAUGUAUUUAGAUUUUUGAUUAUGGGCCCAGUUUUCAAGUUGGUCCAAAUCGGGGUCCAAAAUUAAACUUUAUUUGAUUUCAACAAAAAUUGAAUAUAUGGGGUUCUUUGAUAUGCUGAAUCUAACCAUGUAUUUAGAUUUUUGAUUAUGGGCCCAGUUUUCAAGUUGGUCCAAAUCGGGGUCCAAAAUUUAACUUUGUUUGAUUUCAACAAAAAUUGAAUAUAUGGGGUUCUUUCAUAUGCUGAAUAUAACCGUGUAUUAAGUUUUUGGAUUUUGGGCCCCGUUUUUAAAUUGGUCCACAUUGAGGUCCAAAGGGUCCAAAAUUUAACUUUGUUUGAUUUCAUCAAAAAUUGAAUUAUUGGGGUUCUUUGAUAUGCCGAAUCUAACCGUGUAUUUAGAUUCUUAAUUUUUGGUUCCAUUUUCAAAUUGGUCUACAUAAAGGUCCAAAGGGUCCAAAAUUAAACUUAGUUUGAUUUUAACAAAAAUUGAAUUUUUAGGGUUCUUUGAUAUGCUGAAUCUAAACAUGUGUUUAGAUUUUUGAUUAUGGGCCCAGUUUUCAAGUUGGUCCAAAUCGGGGUCCAAAAUUAAACUUUAUUUGAUUUCAACAAAAAUUGAAUAUAUGGGGUUCUUUGUUAUGCUGAAUCUAACCAUGUAUUUAGAUUUUUGAUUUUUGGGCCCCGUUAUCAACUUUGUCCACAUUGAGAUCAAAAGGGUCCAAAAUUAAACUUUGUUUGAUUUCAUCAAAAAUUGAAUUCUUGGGGUUCUUUGAUAUGCUGAAUAUAACCAUGUAUUUAGAUUUUGGAUAUUGGACCAUAAUAGGUGAAUGUCCAAUUUAAAAUUUUUAAGUUCUUAGACCACAUUCAUUCUGUGUCAGAAACCUAUGCUGUGUCAAAUAUUUAAUCACAAUCCAAAUUCAGAGCUGUAUCAAGCUUGAAUGUUGUGUCCAUACUUGCCCCAACUGUUCAGGGUUCGACCUCUGCGGUCGUAUCAAGCUGCGCCCUGCGGAGCAUUUUAUUAACACUUGAUUUGAAAUUAUCACAACACAUGCAUCAAUCAUUACCAUGUUUUUUUUGUAUGUGCCUUAGUCAUUGCCAAACAAAUAUGGUCAAAGAAGGUACUGUUUAUUGUACCACUACAUUCGUUAGCCAAGGUUUAACAUUUGAUGUAACAUUGGGAAGUAAACUAAACUAAAAAAUCUUUAUAUAUCUCUUUAUUUCUGUAAAUUCAACAACUAAAUAUGUUUUACAGGUUCUUUUAAAGAUCUUUGGCAGUUACUGUUAAAUUUAGACUUACUAAAAUGACCACAUUAGAAGAAAUAAACAUUUUAUACCUUAAAGUUUACUUAAAUCUUCUUGAGAAUGAAUCUAAGUAUACUUAUGCACAUGUUUGGGAAAGUCAAUGCACAAUUUUAUUUUGAUACUGAUGACACAACUAUUGAAAGUAUUGUUGUGAUCCCCAAAAUAAUCGAUCCUUAAAUAAGAAAUCCACCAUUCCUGUAAAGGACCAAGAGGUUGUGUGACUUUUUUUCAUCACAAAGUGUCAGUCAUCUGUUGUUCAUCAUGAAAAUUUUUAAAAAAUUUCUCCAUUGAAACCACUUCAUCAGUUGAAACCUUACUAGGUUAAGAUCAUUCUAAAGGUAUCUAGUUUCGAUAAUUUCCCAAUCUUCUUGACGAUCAGCCAACGUGACUGCCAUAUUGCUGCAAAUAAAAAAAAGAAAAAAAAAUCCUUCAAAGAAUCAAUUAAUACAAAACAUGUUUAUAAGGAAGGAACAAAUUUCAACCUCUCAUUUAGAAUAAUGGUUGAUAACUACAGCUCCUAUUUAGCAUGGCCUAUUCUAUAACUGAAUAGGGGUUAGAAACCUAACUGAGUGCUGACAUUAAAUGUUUUUGCAAUAUUUUUAUAUCUCAAAAUUAUCUUCCCUUUGGUGUGUCAAGAUAACAAACUAGGAAAGUGAUACUCUUCUUAGGACCUCAAUUUAAAACUUUAAUCAUUGACUGAUUUUUUUCAGAAACAUAUUUGUGUUAGCAACUGUACAUGUUCUAGGUCUUUCACUCAUUCAGGGAAUGGUUAUAGUGCAAUUAUUAGUGGAGUUGUACAUAAUUCAUCUUUACAUAUAUAAUAAAAAUAAUUUUUAAAA